UCCCUGGCUUUUAGUAGCCGGCGUCUUCGUCCGGGAAGGAGUCUGGCCCUAUCCUCAAAACUGGAACCUAGGACGAAAGCUUCGUCGGCACGGAGUGGCUCAAUCUCUCCAGGAGUCUCAUUCCGUACAGCAACAUGGCUGCGUCCAUGGACUAGGGAAGCGAGGGUUUUCUUUGACUCUGUAAGGAUGUCUGUCAGGACUUGGUUUAGAUGAGUGCUGUUUCCAAUGCGAGAGUCUGGGAGGUAGCGUGUCCUGUUCUGACGGUAGAAGAUGCUGUUGAAUGUGAUGGAACUCUACUGACACUCUGGUAGAUGAGGAAGAGUGGGUAUCAUAAGUAGCUGCAGGGUGCUCCAAGUGCUGUGGAUUCUCUCCCAGAGAGGAACUACAAGCAGGCAUUGCCAUUUCCCAGACAGUGGUGGGAAGUCCUUGGGCGAAAGCUUAGAUUUCUGAAUCUCGGAGCUGUUGUGCCUCUAGCUAGAAUUGUAGUUUUGUCCCUAGCAGCCCUUUUGAGUUUCAAUCUUUCCUAGCCAUCACUGUGUCUCCUCAGCUCAAGUCACGGUGGACUCGGAAACCAAAAUCACAGGAGAAUGUCUGUGCUGCACCGUUUGCCACCUGGGUGGCUACUGGAUCAUCUUUCAUUCAUUAACAAGGUCAACUAUCAAAUUCAGCACCAUCAAGAGCCUUCCUGCAGUAGAAACAAGCCCACUUCUUCUGUCGACCUGGAUUCUCUUCAGAUGGAUGCCACAUCUCCUUCUGGAGCUCCUACUACAUACUCUGCUCCAGACUCUACUGCUGUGCCAGCCAAUGAAAUCAUCACCCAAAACUAUGCUUUCCGACCUGAGCUAUUUAAUGUCAACAAACCUUACAUAACUCCAGCUGUUCACAAAGAAUGCCAGCAAAGUGGCCAGAAUGAGGAUUUAGUGACUGGUGCUAAGCAAAACGUCUCCAUUUCUAUUGGGAAGAAGCGUAAAAGAAGUCUGCCUUUCAAUCAAGGUGAAUUGGAUGCCAUGGAACAUCAUACAAAGAUCAGAGAGCUGAUUUUGGGUGGAUCCUCGCAGUUAAUCCAAGAAGGUCUCAAAAGCGGUGUUCUCUGCCCCGUUGUUGAAACCCAGCAUGGAAAUAGUGGCCGGGUCCCUUUACCACUCGAUGCUUGCAACUUGUCAGAAUUAUGUGAGAUGGCAAAGCACUUGCCUUCCUUCGAAGACACACAGACGCUCUCGUUGACAGAAGAUGAUAUGUCUGUUAUAGAGCUGGAUUUAUCGUCACAGGUCAUUGAAAACAACUCUAGCUUUUCCAGAAUGAUUAAUUUAAUGGGUCAGAAGUACCUGCUACCACCGAACAGCAGCUUUCUCUUGUCUGACAUUUCUUGGAUGCAGCCACUUCUGAACUGUAGUAAGACAUUUGAUGUCAUUGUGAUUGAUCCACCGUGGCAGAACAAAUCGGUCAAAAGAAGUAACAGGUACAGUUGUUUAUCACCGCAGCAGAUAAAGCACAUGCCUGUUCCUAAGCUGGCUGCUGCUGACUGUCUUGUUGUUACCUGGGUGACCAACAGGCAGAAGCACCUGUGUUUUGUGAAGGAGGAACUUUAUCCUUCGUGGUCUGUGGAAGUCAUUGCAGAAUGGUACUGGGUAAAAAUCACCCGUUCAGGGGAGUUCGUGUUCCCAUUGGAUUCUCCACACAAAAAACCUUAUGAGUGUCUUGUACUGGGGAGAUUUCGAGAAAAAACUGCUUUAGUGUUAAGCCCCGAUGUGAAAAUGCCCCCGGUUCCAGAUGGGAAACUGAUUGUCAGUGUGCCCUGCCUUCUUCACUCACACAAGCCGCCCCUUGCUGAAGUACUGAAAGACUACAUCAAGCCAGGCGGGCAGUGUUUGGAACUGUUUGCUCGGAAUUUACAGCCAGGCUGGAUGAGUUGGGGCAAUGAAGUCCUCAAGUUUCAGCACGUGGAUUAUUUCAUUGCUCUGGAGUCUGGACACUGACUUUAAAAGUUGUGCUGCCUUUACCCAGCUCCUUCAGACUCAUGUCUCCUUGGACCAGCCAGUGAGCACAGACAUAUCAAUUUUUAUACUAAUCAGUGUGCUUAGAAAUGCGCUUUCCAACAAGGGGCCAUCCUUUCUGUAAUUUUGAGAUGAAUUCUACUUCAGUUGCACUGAUAUCCCACACCAUCCUAGAUUCUCUACAAUUAAAGAGGUAAACAAUUAGUAGAAAGACUUGCCUCUGCUGCUUAACGAAUUUGAAAGCAUGUACUGUGGACUCCUGGUCAUGAACUUGCCUAUGGAGAUUGUUUAUUUGAUGGUAUUAAAAAAUAAAUGGAAGCCUUAUUCCAGAAAGAUUCAGAAAAUCUUACCCAAGUCCAGAUGUCUGCAUGUGUUUAAACAUCAGAAACUCCAGCUCCCUUGGAGCCGGUGUCUUUGGGUGGCAUCAAUUUGCAGUACCCAGUGGCGGCAUUUAACUGGGAAAGGCCAUGCGCUCUCCACUCUCCCAGUGCAGCUUCUGCCAUGCUGCUUCUUUGUGUUAUCUCCGGGGAUCCUGUCUGGCCUGAAUUUGCAGCCUCUGCUAUAUCAGAAAAGGUGCUGGCUAGAUAGUUGGUGUGUGUAUGUGCUGAACAAUUUGGGAAUGUUUCCAUUGCGUUUAGGGUCACUGUUUAAGCACGUCUUUAUUUUGCCUUUUUCUAGAAGACAACUUAAAGAUGUUUCUUAUAGGAGUCAAGAG